AUGCUGAUUUACAAUCUCUGUCUAGAGGAUAGUCAAGGAACAGAAGAGCAAAAACAUUGUCCCAUUCGACAAUCAAAAAAGAAAGCCAAGAAUGUUGUCGAGGAUGCAGCCGAGGAAUCCGAGGAUGAAUAUGCCGGUCUCGGUGGUGUCAGUGAUGACAGCGACGGUGAAGAAGGCGCACAUGAUCAGUCGAUGAUCAAUAACAGAGAGGUUGUGGAUGAGAAGUUGUUGGCUAGACUAAAUGCAUAUGUAUUCAUCCCUCGAGCUGAAGAGCAGAAGGAGAGUGGCUGGUUGCGGACCUACGUGCCUGUUAGGGAUCUACGACUGCUGUACAUUGAUGGCAUGUCCGCUGGAAAAACAAGCAACGGGACUUUUGACACGCAGAACCGGAUUCUGGUUAACGACACAGUCCACGAGGAACGGAUUAUGAACGAAUCCGAGUGCGCGAAGGAGUUUUGCCGUCUAUCGCACGAAGUAUGGGACGAUCAAUUGGGCAGGGUGCUCCGCAUGGAGGCUGGUUUUAUGAUCAUUCUCUGCUCGUUCGAACGCGAUCUACACCUGCUACGUGAGAUUGAGGUCAAGGCAAGCAAGGGCAGGAUCCCACGUCAUCUUCCGCAGCCAGGUAAGGAUCGUAACAAGACAACGCAUGAAUUCAUGCUGGGCCGUGGAUGAAGGCCAUUGCGGCACGGUAUCAUGGUAUUGGGG